UUCACGUCACAACAAUAUUCUACAUCAAUCGUUCUGUUGGAAUUCAGCGUGCAGCCGCGGUUUCACAUCUGCGCCUCUGUCGUUCACCCAGGUGGGAUUGGAUUUGAGCACAAACGCAUACCUCAACAAGAAUGGCUAUCGCAAUCGUCAAGAUCGGAAUUUCAUUGAAAAUGCUACCAAAUAACAGUGCCGUGUUCUUCAAAUCGGACGGUGGGAGAUUUGACCAAACCAGGACGAUUAAAUUGCUAACGGGGUCAAAGUACAAGAUUGAAGUGGUUGUCAAACCUGGGGCUGCAGAGGCAACCACUAUGAGUGUAGGCGGAGUCAUCUUCCCCUUGGAGCAGAAGUCUAGAGACCCCCAGUCUGUAGUCUACACUGGCGUCUACAACACAGAGGGCAUGACUCACACCAAGAGUGGAGACAGACAAGCUGUACAGAUCAGCUUGCAGUUCCCAGAGGUGGGCUCUUUUGAAGUGGUGUGGCAGGUGAAGUACUACAACUACAACAAGAGGGACCACUGCCAGGGAGGCAACAGUUUCAACAGCAUCGAGUACGAGUGCAAGCCCAACGAGACACGCAGCCUGAUGUGGGUCAACAAGGAGCUGUUCGUCUGAUGGACCAACCAACACAGACAGCAUCAGGGUUGUGUUCAUUAGGCACCAAAACGGAAGUUAACGUAGUGAAACUGGGCGGUACUACCUGAAAUUACAAAAGCUGAAGAACAUACGCACAUCCAGGUGCUUUCCGCAGGUGCUGGAGUUGUAGGCAAAGUCAUGGAACACAGAAAGGAAAACGCCUCACCUGAAAUUAGCCAAUGAAAAUACCUGUUACAGUUUUCCUUUGCAAAAUGUUUUGCUACGGUGUGCCCUAAUGAACACGACCCUGAUGCCACUGAAAUGAGAGAUGGAUGACAAUCAGCUGCUGUGUGUUUCAGCUGUAGCCAGCCUGUAAACCCCUCAAAGUGGAUCAUUUGCUGACUACUCGUGAAACUGUUAACCCAAACAUCUUUUCCUCCGAGUCUGUUGUGGCAUAAUGUUCACCCUCAGGUGUAUUCUGUUCCAUGGAGUGCUUGUGUGUGUGUGUUAUCUAUUUAUAUGUAUGAAGGGUGUGUGUGUGUGUGUGUGUGUGUGUGUGUGUGUGUGUGUGUGUGUGUGUGUGUGUGCGCGCAUCUAUGCGUCCAUGAAGGCAGUAUGUUAAUACGUACGCUGUAUGUGCAGAUGUUGCGUGUGUUAUAGUACUGUAAUGAGCAGUUAGUGCUUUUAAAAAUGUAUUUUAAAAUUGUUUUAGCUUUUUAUGUUCAAUUAAAAUGUUGUCCCAUGUUGUCAUUUUCCCAUGUGUUGACAGAGGACAAGUAGUAUAGGACAUCUGUAGAAGUGAGUGUUUACAUUUAGAAGAUUUUACUAAAUAUUUCCACAAAUUAAAUAAAAUAAUUGAAAUGAUCUUAUUUUUUAUUUGGGCUGAUUUUGACUAAUCAAACAAAAAUCGAUCCUCAGAAUAUCAUAUUUCUGUAACAAGUUGUUAACCAGCACUUGUGUAUCUUACUUCUCUCUUUAUUUUUGUCAAAUUAAAAGUGUUAUUAUAUUAGUUGGGAAAACACUAUCAAUACUGAACAACAAUAUAUGUAAAGUGUGAGAUAGAUUUGAGCCAAACUGUAACUCAGUAAAAUCUUUGAAAUUGUUGCAAUGUUGAAUUUAUUUUGUUGUUCAGUAUAUAUAUAUAUUUUAAACAAUAUAACUUACUAUGAGAUAUGUAGUAAAAAUGCAACAAAAUGUUGAUUAAUUAUCAGAGCACUGUGCAAUGUUACAACAUCUUUAUUAGAUUGUGGAUAUGUUGUUAAUCUAAUUCAUGGUAGUUUUAACAUUUUGUGGAGGUAUUUGUAAAUAUAGUAAAUAUAUUUGGGAAGACAUUUGUGUGCUUUUUUUUUGGUCAUUUGAAUGCUAGGAAACAACAAGUAAGUCUUAGUUUAUUACUAUGUAAUUACUAUUUUCC